GUCACCGAGAAGUGGGGCUGUUGCGAAGCGUCUGAGACAGGGCCACUGAACAGAGUUUGGGCUGAGGUUGGUCACAAGGCAUCGCCACUCAUCACCAUGGGCAAGGCGAAGAAGGUGCGUGUGUCACGAGCCACGGAGGUGGACAGCACGCCGACGCUGCACGAACAGAUCGAGGGCGACCGGUUCGCCCGGCCCUCUGCCCGGCAUAAGGCGCGCGCCCGGCAAGAGGAGCAAGAGUUCGUCGACAGCAAGCUCUCGCGGCGUAUCCUGUCGGAGGCCCGCCGGCAGCAGCAGGAGUUGGAGGACGAGCACGGAAUCUCCGAGUCACAGCUGGUGGCCACUGCGACAAAACCUGGGGUUGCCGGCGGCGCGCGGGCCCGCACCGCCGCCCUCGGCGACGCGGGCUCCUCAGAGGACGAGGAGGAAGAUGCUGGACCACUAGAGGACAUCUGCGAGGAAGUGGUAGUGGACGAAGCGGACGAGCGCGCCAUGCUGGCGUUCAUGGCGCGGGAGCCGAAGCCGCGCCGCGUGCUGGCCGACCUGAUCAUGGAGAAGGUCCGCGAGAAGGAAGCCGAGCUGCAGACCGGCGCCUCCGAGACGCAGAGUGUGGUGGUGACGCAGGAGCUGCACCCGAAGGUCAAGGAGAUGUACGAGGGCAUCCGGUUCGUGCUGGCCAAGUAUCGGAGCGGCAAGAUCCCCAAGGCCUUCAAGGUGAUCCCGCACAUGCAGAACUGGGAGCAGAUCCUGCACUUGACGCGGCCGGACACGUGGUCGGCGGCCGCCAUGUACCAGGCCACGCGCACCUUCGCCUCCAACCUCAAGGACAAGAUGGCGCAGCGCUUCUUCAACCUGGUGCUGUUGCCGCGCGUCCGGGACGACAUCCACUUCUACAAGAAGCUGAACCCGCACCUCUACCUGGCGCUGCGCAAGGCGCUCUUCAAGCCGGGGGCCUUCAUGAAGGGCAUCCUGCUGCCACUGUGCGAGUCGGGUGACUGCCUUCUCCGCGAAGCCAUCAUCCUCGGCUCGGUGCUCUCCAAGAACUCGGUGCCGGUGCUUCACUCGGCCGCCGCCAUGCUGAGGAUCGCCGAGAUGCCGUACACGGGCGCCAGCAGCAUGUUCCUGCGCGUGCUGCUCGACAAGAAGUACUCGCUGCCGUACCGUGUCAUCGACGCCGUACAUGCCCACUUCAUGAGGUUCCACCUGGACGAGCGCCAGUUCCCGGUGCUGUGGCAUCAGGCGCUGCUGACGUUCGUGCAGCGCUACAAGAACGACAUGUCAGAGGAACAGCGCGACCUGUUGCUCGACCUCUGCAACAGCCAGCGGCACUCCGUCAUCACACCCGAAGUCAGGAGGGAGCUUCUGGCGGCCAAAGGACGGGAAAGCAGUACCAACGAGCCAGAAAGUAUGGAGGCGUCGUGAAACAACGUGCUGUGACAAGCGUGUGCUUACAUGACCUGAUGCAACCUGUGUUAAUACAAAUGUCGAGAAGCGU